AGAUAAACUGAAUUUGGCAUUUUAUUGGUAAAAUGAGCAAGGAUAAUGUUUUGUGGUACCAAGGAAACCCAUUUCAAAGUAAACAAACUGCAGUGGAAGAAGAUGAUUGGCUAUUUUGUAAAACCCACUGAUCUCAUUGGCUACCAGCAAAGGCUGCCUUGUCUUGAAUGACGUUUACCGCCAAAGCUACACGCAGGCGCAUUGACUGCGUAACUAGGAUCUUUCCGCAAUUGAACUUAGAUCACAACAGCGCUAGCUCGUAAGUGAUAUGAGGGUCAAUGUGUAAAGCUUGAAAACAGAUCGUUGUGUUUGAUGUGGAAGUAUUAUUUCGGGAAAUUUGGAUAUGGAAAUGGAAUUGGAAAUACCCGGUGGUUUGACGGAUUUGCUGCAAGAGUUUACUUACCAAGUUUUGUCAGAGAAGCCUGACGAUAUCGUUGAGUUUGCAGCCAAUUACUUCAUGAAACUUAAAAUAAAAGAGAAGCGCUCAAAGGACGGAACGAAAAAGAAGUCGAGAGGUGUCAGCUUUCAUGCUGAAGAGAACGGUGGUGACAAUUCUGAUGACGAGGACGACGAAGAAGAUAUAGAGCCUCCAAAAAACCGAUAUGCAAGACGCCAGUCUGUUUGUGCCGAACCAUUAAACCCUGAUUCGGACGACGAAGGCGAUGAGAACCCGAUUGUCUAUCCAAAAACUGACGAUCAAAGGAAACGUCUAAAUGAUGCAGUCAGGAAUAUUUUACUCUUCAAGAAUGUAGCUCCUGAGCAACUAAAUGAGGUUCUUGAUGCAAUGUUUGAGCGAAAAGUGCAACCAGGAGAUCAUGUUAUAGACCAGGGAGAUGAUGGUGACAAUUUUUAUGUCAUAGACAAGGGCAUUUUUGACAUUUAUGUGAAAAUUGAGGGCAAUGAUAAACUGGUUGGUGCUUACAAUGGAAAGGGAAGUUUUGGCGAACUUGCAUUGAUGUAUAACACACCAAGAGCGGCAACAAUAGUGGCAACUUCAGAAGGAAUUCUCUGGGCUCUGGACAGAAAUACGUUUAGGAGGAUACUAUUAAAGGCUGCAGCCAAAAAGAGGAAAAUACAUGAAAAGUUACUAGAGCAAGUUCCCAUGCUGAAGGAAGUUACGGACUAUGAGAUCAUGAAUCUAGCGGAUGCACUUCAGUCCAGGACGUUCAAAGAUGGAGAUUGUGUGAUCCAGCAGGGAGAUGAAGCAGACUGUAUGUUCUUCGUAGAGAGCGGAGUAGCAUCUAUCAGGAUACGCAAUCAGGAUGAUCCUACAGAAGAAGUGGAACUGACACAGUGUACAAAAGGGGGUUACUUUGGUGAACUGGCGCUUGUUACCCACAAACCACGUGCUGCGUCGGUGUAUGCAGUAGGAGACCUUGUCACUGCGGUUCUUGACGUGCACGCUUUUGAAAGGCUUCUUGGCCCUUGUAUGGAUAUUAUGAAGAGAAAUAUCGAUGGUUAUGAAGACCAGCUGAAAAAACUUGGCAUCGGGCACACAGAACUACGGUGAAGUGCUUUGAAAAAAAUCAUGAUUUUAAAACUGCUCUAGGAUGGCCUUUUUUUUUGUAACAUCUACCGUUUCUUUACCGCUUCACCUUGUCAACAAUCUGUUUGGAGUUUCCAAGCGGGAAAAUAAUCUUUAUAUCCGAUUUUGUUCUGUUAAGUAUUUAAAAAUGGUUUAAUCUUAGUUAUUGUGUUGAAAAAGAAGAAGAAAUGAAUUGAAUCAUAAUUUAUUGUUUUAUUGAAUCACUUUGUUACAUGUGUUACACGUUUAUUACAAUUCUGGUGACUUGGAAUGUAAAUAAAACACGUUUAUUAAAAAUAGCAGUUUUGAUCGUGUUUCGUACGCACUGGGCUCAGAGAUGUAAUCUUGUGCUUUCUCCUUCCAAGUAACUUUUUCUUGGGAGUGUUUUUGUUGAAAGAUUUUUUUAAAUGAGAAUUUUAACGUUUAAGAGUACAAACUGGGUUCGCGUUUAGUAAAGUGUUUGAGAGCACCUAGUGGGUCGUAGCUCUGAAACGCAACCUGAUAACUAAUUCGGAUCUACAUUUUAGGAGCCGUUGAAUAUGUGUUAAAGAAAAAUUCAUAACAGUGUUAUAGAAACACAUUGUUAAGGUACAAAGUUUAAUAAAAUCUUUAGUAAAACC